CACGAGGUUGUUCCUUUCUCAGCCAGCACCGUUGCACAGAGUGAGUGCGUGGCUUUGAUGGACUGGUAAAAUUUCUUAAAAUUAAUCCAAGUCAACCAAUUUUGAGCUUUGCUAAAAGGUCAUCGACAUGCCGGCGUAUUUUCAGCGGCCAGAGAAUGCUCUGAAACGAGCGAACGAGUUUCUUGAGGUUGGCAAGAAGCAGCCGGCCUUGGAUGUCUUGUACGAUGUCAUCAAAAGCAAGAAACACCGAACAUGGCAGAAGAUCCACGAGCCCAUUAUGCUCAAAUAUCUGGAGCUCUGCGUCGAUCUUCGCAAGAGUCACCUGGCCAAGGAGGGUCUCUACCAGUACAAGAACAUCUGCCAGCAGGUGAACAUCAAGUCUUUGGAGGAUGUGGUUAGGGCCUACCUGAAGCUGGCAGAGGAGAAGACUGAGACAGCCAAGGAGGAGUCCCAGCAAAUGGUCCUGGACAUCGAAGAUCUGGAUAACAUCCAGACCCCAGAAAGCGUGCUCCUGAGUGCUGUGAGUGGAGAGGACACUCAGGAUCGUACUGAUCGCCUGCUCCUCACUCCGUGGGUGAAGUUCCUGUGGGAGUCCUACCGCCAAUGCCUUGACCUGCUGAGAAACAACUCCAAGGUGGAGCGUCUAUACCAUGACAUUGCACAGCAAGCAUUCAAGUUUUGCCUUCAGUACACCCGCAAGGCAGAAUUUCGUAAGCUCUGUGACAACCUGCGCAUGCAUCUGGGUCAGAUCCAGCGCCAUCACAACCAGAGCACUGCCAUCAAUCUGAACAACCCUGAAAGUCAGUCCAUGCACCUGGAGACACGUCUGGUGCAGCUGGACAGCGCCAUAAGCAUGGAGCUGUGGCAGGAAGCAUUCAAGGCUGUUGAGGACAUCCAUGGCCUGUUUGCUCUUUCCAAGAAGCCUCCCAAACCACAGCUGAUGGCCAACUACUACAACAAGGUGUCUACUGUAUUCUGGAAAUCUGGAAACGCUCUCUUCCAUGCCUGCACACUUCACCGGCUCUAUCACUUGUCCAGGGAGAUGCGAAAGAAUCUGACCCAAGAGGAGAUGCAGCGGAUGUCUACCCGAGUCCUCCUGGCUACGCUGUCUAUUCCCAUCACCCCUGAGCGUACCGAUAUUGCUCGCUUGCUGGACAUGGAUGGCAUCAUUGUUGAGAAACACCGAAGGCUAGCUACCCUCCUGGCCCUGCAGUCUCCACCAACCCGCCAAAGUCUCAUUAAUGAUAUGGUGAGAUUUAACUUGCUGCAGUAUGUUGUACCUGAUGUGAAAGAACUUUACAACUGGCUUGAGGUCGACUUUCAUCCUCUGAAGCUGAGCGGGAGAGUGACCAAGGUGUUAAACUGGGUGAGAGAUCAGGCUGAGAAGGAACCUGAUCUUCAGCAGUAUGUCCCACAUCUGCAGAGUAACACCAUCCUGAGGCUCUUGCAACAGGUUGCACAGAUCUAUCAAAGCAUCGAGUUCAGUCGUCUGGCCUCUCUGGUUCCAUUUGUGGACGCCUUCCAGCUGGAGCGCUCCAUUGUAGAUGCUGCACGGCAUUGUGAUCUGCAGGUCAGAAUAGACCACACCUCUAAAACUCUGAGCUUCGGCUCUGAUCUGAACUACUCGACCAAAGAGGAUGCUCCUGUUGGACCUUUCCUGCAGAACAUGCCGUCAGAGCAGAUAAGGAACCAGCUCACUGCCAUGUCUGCAUCUUUGGCUAAAGCCAUACAGGUCAUCAAGCCUGCCUCCAUCCUGCAAGAGCGAGAGGAGCAUAACCAACAGGCCAUCGCUGCCUACCUGAAAAAUGCCCGCAAGGAUCACCAGCGCAUCCUGGCUCGUAGACAGACCAUCGAAGAGCGUAAGGAGCGCCUGGAGAGCUUAAACAUUCAGCGUGAGAAGGAGGAGCUAGAACAGCGGGAGGCUGAGAUGCAGAAGGUUCGCAAGGCAGAGGAGGAGCGUCUGCGGCAGGAGGCCAAAGAAAGGGAGAAGGAGCGCAUCAUGGAGGAGCACAAGCAGAUCAAGAAGAAGAAUGCCCGUGAGCGCUUGGAGCAGAUCAAGAAGACUGAACUUGGAGCAAAGGCUUUCAAGGAUAUCGACAUUGAGGACCUGGAAGAACUGGACCCUGACUUCAUCAUGGCUAAACAGGUGGAGCAGCUGGAGAAGGAGAAGAAAGAACUUCAGGAGCGUCUGAAGAACCAGGAGAAAAAGAUUGACUAUUUUGAGAGGGCAAAGCGUCUUGAGGAGAUUCCCCUGAUCAAAAAAGCUUAUGAGGAGCAGCGUGUCAAGGAUAUGGAACUGUGGGAGCUCCAGGAGGAGGAGAGGAUUAGUACCAUGAAAGUUGAACGGGAGAAGGCUCUGGAGCACAAGAAGCGCAUGUCCAGGAUGAUGGAGGACAAAGAGAACUUCCUGUCCAAAAUAACAGCUGCUCGUAGCUUCAUUUAUGAGGAAAAACUGAAGGCUUUCCAAGAGCGCUUGAUAGAGGAAAGGAAGAAGCGCCUGGAAGACAGAAAGAGACAGCGCAAAGAGGACAGACGUAAUGCUUACUACCGGGAAAAAGAAGAAGAGGCACAGCGUAUUCAUGAGGAGCAGCUCAAGAAAGAGCGUGAAGAGCGUGAACGCCUGGAACAAGAGCAGCGAGAGGAGGAGGAGAGGGAGUACCAGGAGCGUCUACGAAAGCUUGAGGAGCAAGAACGGAAGCAGCGUCUUCGUCAGCAGGAGAUUGAGGAGCGAGAACGACGCCGUGAGGAGGAGAGAAGGGUCCCACAGGAGGAGAAGCCAAAGGAGGAGGGAGGAUGGAGACGACGCACAGAGGGUGGGGAUUCAGAGUGGCGUCGUCCUGCACCAGACAGGGCUUGGAGACAGGACGGCCGAGAUGAUGACAAGGAGGAGAAAGAGUUACCUUUCAGACGAGAUGGUCCUCGUAGAAGCGGAGAGGACAGAGGUCCCCGUAGGGUCUUUGACGAUGAACGAGGCCCACGCCGUGGUGAGGAUGAAGACCGCCCUGUUCGCAGAGGGUUGGAUGAUGACCGUGGUCCACGCAGAGGUUUCGACGAUGAUCGUGGUCCAAGGCGUGGUGGAGAUGACGACCGUGGUCCUAGACGUGGCUUUGAUGAUGACAGAGGUCCUCGUAGAGGCAUGGAUGAAUCCAGGGGACCCAGGCGUGGAGCUGAUGACGACUGGGGCCCCAGAAGAGGAGAUGAUGACCGAGUUGGAAGGAGAGGUAUGGAUGAUGGGCCACGUCGUGGUGGUGAUGACGCCAAACCCUGGAAACCACUGGGCCGACCUGGGGGCUGGCGUGAGCGAGAGAAGGCCAGAGAGGAGAGCUGGGGACCUCCCCGGGGUGGCCCCCAUGAUGAUGGAGAUGAUGGCGAAGGAGACGAAAGAUCCAGCGACCGCAACAGAGACCGUCGUCCACACAGAGAGGAUGGUAUCUGGAGAAGAGGGGGUACUGAUGAGGCAAGCAGCUGGAGAGAAUCUCGCAGAGAGGAGGCAGACCGCGACGAUCGACGUGAUCGAGACGAUCGACGUGAUCGAGACGAUCGACGCGACCGUGAUGAUCGCCGCGAUAGAGACCGUCGUGAUAGAGAUCGCCGUGAUGAUCGUGACAGCAGAGGCCCACCCAGAGAUCCUGAUGAUGGUGGUUCUUGGCGUCGUGGAGGUGAGGAUAAACGUGAGGAUAAACGUGAGGAUAAACGUGAGGAGCGCGACAGGGACCGAAACAGAGAACCAGGACGGGACCGUGAUCGUGACGCUGAUGGAGAGAAGGGCUGGCGUACUGACAAAGAAAACCUUCGCCGCACCAAAAAUGAGACAGAUGAUGAUGGCUGGACCACCGUUCGCCGCUGAACCUCAGCUCAUGCCUCAAUCAAUAAAAAAUGAUUUAAAAUAAUAAUAAUAAUUAUAAUAAUCUUAAAUACCACAUCACUCUGUUGGCCACAGUGUUUCAUUGGUGGCCAAAAAAUACCUUUGAUUUGAUUUGAGUAUUUGUAGAAUGUAGUUUCCUGGGAAGUGAUUUUGUUUUAUUUUUAUUUUGACCUGCAGUUUUGAACCAGAAACUCCUCACCUUUAAACACCAUUAACCAAUGAACUUGUGUUCACUUAGGUUUCAGUGAAGCAUUACUGUAACCCCCAGUGGUUGGAAAUGUUCUUACCUUAGUGAAGUUAAUCUGACCUACAUGCAAACCAGUGAACCUGCUACAAUAUUCAAUGCAAACUCAGUGUACCACCAACUGCCUCUUUUAUUGACUGUACCUUGCAUAGAUGUUAUGGCACAGAUCUACAACUCUUCUAAUGGCUGUGACUAGGAAUCUUGUCACCUGCUUCAGUUAUUUCAGCUCUUCCAUCUAAUAUGAGAUGCUUUUUAACCUGUUAAAGAACUAGUGGAAUUUACAUUUUGUGCAUGCAUAGAGUAUUGAAAUGGUCUGGCUUCAUAUCCAGUGUGUGCUUCUAUCUUGCUGCAAUCAAUGGUAUCACACCAGGUUGCAUGUGUACAGAUAAAGCCUUUAUUAAUAAAGACAAUGCUCACCAGG